UAACACAAACUGUCCACUUAGAGGGUUUUCUGUGCAACAGACUAUCCACUUUGGAAACUAUUCUGUUGCAGCUGGAUGUCCACUUCACAGGCUGGAUUUUUUGUGCAGGGGGAUUUGCACUUUGCAGACUUUUGAGAAAGACUUAUUUGUGGAAAAGGAUCUCCAUGCUAGUGCGUUCUACUGCCACUGCAGUUUCAGUGUGAACAAGGCACGGUUUGUGGGGGAUCCUCUUUCUCUAAUCCAGGACUCUCAGCCUCCAGCGAAACAACAAUGUCUUUGGCAAACCAGAGCCAACAGUGGUACCCAACAAGCGUGAAGGUUACUGUCAUCCAGGCAAGGAACCUACGGAUCAAGGGCAGGAAUGGCACCAACGAUGCGUAUGCCAUCAUGCAGGUGGCCAAGGAUAGGUUCUCCACUAUAGUGACUGAGAAGACUGUGAACCCAGUGUGGAAGGAGGAAGCCACCUUCGACCUGCCCCUCUUCCACCAUGGUAAUGCCGAGCGCUGCACCCUCUGCGUCCAGGUGAUGCACCGCGUCCAAAUGGGAUUGGACAAGAUGCUGGGCCAGGUGAUCGUCAACCUGCUUGACCUGGAGGAGGACAAAGACCGCAAUAAGACUGAAUGGUUCAAGCUGCUGAACAAGGCAGGGAAGCAGGACAAGGAAAGGGGUGAGGUGCAGCUGGAGAUUGUGUUCCUGAGGAACAACAUGACAGCAAGCAUGUUCGACCUCUCCUCACAAGACAAGCAGCGUUCGCGCUUGGGCAAGCUGAAGGAUAAGCUCCGUGGCAAGAAGAAAGAGAGCAUGUCGGACUCUGCCUCUGCCAUUGUGCCUUCUGUCACUCAGAAUUUGACAGACAGUGAGGAGGAGGGUGACACCCACCCAGAUACUCCCAGUGGGGACAAGAAGUCAAAAUUGAAAUCACUUUUCACACCCAAGAGCAACUUGCACCGUAAUGUCUCGCAGUCCAUGUCUACACUGGGCUACCCCUCUGAGUGGGACACCCCCAGCGGAGGCAGUGAGGCCCCAAGUGUUCAAGUGGAGUUACCUGAAGGAAAAAAGUUUGCUUUCCUGACCCAUAAGCCCACAGGAAGCUCAGACAAGAAGACCACUCAGGGGACUCUCUCACUGCUGGGCCAACCCAAGUCAGGAGCAGAAGAGCAGAUCAAAAUUUGCAUUAAUGGCAGUCAUGUGUAUACUGACCAGCCUGAGUCUAGGCCAGCCCACACUGGCUCUGCCCUUGGUCUCAGUGGCUCUAUGGAGGACAUGCAUGGUGGCAGGAUAAGGAAGGAGAAGCUUAAGCAGGAGGAGCAGGAUAAAAAUAGACAGGAGAAGGUGAAACAAGAACAUGGAGAACAAGAAAGGAAAAGACAGGAAGAAGAAGAAAGGAUAAGACUGGAGAAACUUAAAGAGAAGGAACAAGAGAAGGAUAGGAAGGAGGAAGAGGAAAGGAUGAGAGAAAAGAUUACACAAGAGAGGAAGAGGAAGGAGGAAGAGGAGAAGUUGAGGCAGGAGAAGAUUAGGCUGGAGGAAGAGGAGAGGAAGAGGAAGGAGGAAGAGGAGAGGAUCAGGCUAGAGGAACAGAGGAGAAAGGAAGAAGAGAGGAUUAGACAGGAAAUGCAAGACAGGAAGAUGAAGGAGGAGCAGCAGAAGUUAAGGGAGGAGAAGAUUAGGAAAGAGGAACAGAACAGGAAGGAGGCUGAGGAGAGGAUCAGAAAAGACAAAAUUAGACAGGAGGAGCAAGAGAGGAAGAGAAAAGAGGAACAGGAGAAGCUGAGUCAGGAGAAGAUUAGGGAAGGGGAGAAGAUGAGACAGGACGAGCAAGAGAGGAAAAGGAAGGAGGAGCAGCAAAAGUUGAGGCAGGAGAAGAUUAGGCUAGAGGAACAGGAGAGGCAGAGGAAGGAGGAAGAGGAGAGGAUCACACAAGAGAAGCUUAGAUGGGAGGAACAAGAGAGAAAGAGAGAAGAACAGGAGAAGUUGAAUCGGGAGAAGAUUAGGCAAGAGGAAGAGGAGAGGAUGAGACAGGAGAAAAUGAGAGAGGAAGAGCAAGAGAGGAAGAGGAAGGAGGAGGAACAGAGGAGAAAGGAAGAAGAGAGGAUUAGACAGGAAAUGCAAGACAGGAAGAUGAAGGAGGAGCAGCAGAAGUUAAGGGAGGAGAAGAUUAGGAAAGAGGAACAGAACAGGAAGGAGGGUGAGGAGAGGAUCAGAAAAGACAAAAUUAGACAGGAGGAGCAAGAGAGGAAGAGAAAAGAGGAACAGGAGAAGCUGAGUCAGGAGAAGAUUAGGGAAGGGGAGAAGAUGAGACAGGACGAGCAAGAGAGGAAAAGGAAGGAGGAGGAGCAAAAGUUGAGGCAGGAGAAGAUUAGGCUAGAGGAACAGGAGAGGCAGAGGAAGGAGGAAGAGGAGAGGAUCACACAAGAGAAGCUUAGAUGGGAGGAACAAGAGAGAAAGAGAGAAGAACAGGAGAAGUUGAAUCGGGAGAAGAUUAGGCAAGAGAAAGAGGAGAGGAUGAGACAGGAGAAAAUGAGAGAGGAAGAGCAAGAGAGGAAGAGGCAGGAGGAAGAAGAGAAGAUACGGCAGGAGGCACAAAGGAAGGAGAAUGAGGAAGAGAAGAGGAUCAGAAAAGAGAAGAUUAGACUGGAAGAACAAGAGCAAGAGAACCAAGAGGAACAUGAAAGGCUGAAGCAAAAGCAAAAGGAAAAAGUGAGACAAGAAGAAAAAAGACAGUUGGAGAGGAUGAGGGAAGAAGAAAAAAAGAUUUUGUCCAGGAAAGAGGAUCAGAGUUAUCUGGAAGAGCCUAAACAAAGGGUAAAAGACAUUGCUUGUAACCCUUUCUUUGAGGCACAAGGUUCCAACCCCUUCGAAGAGAACUCUUUGGAGACUCUGCCAGAUGAUUCCAACACUGGCCACAUGAAGGUGUUUGCUGUAAAACCCAGCACCACCACUCUGCAAUCUGAUUUGUUGGCCAACCUGUCAGGUUCUCAGUGUCCUCCUAAGCCCAAAGCAGGCCUUUCAGAGUCCUCUGUCCGGCACACAGACAAGAAGCGUCGAGCCCCUCUCCCACCUCUGACAGGGAGCCACAUCCCCUCUUUGCAAGCACUUCCAGGAACACUUGAUCUGACAUUCCAUCAUGGAGGUGAUUGCUCCAAGAAAGCUGAAAUAAAAAAUUUCCACGAAGGCAAACGGUCUGCUCCCCAGCCUCCUGGUUGCGCGCCACUGCGGCAGAACAUGCAGCAAGAGGACAAAGUGAAUUCCAUAGGGAUUUCACUGCAAAAGUCAAACAUCUAUUUUCCCAUAGAGUAUAUCUUGAAAGAUGUGAACAUGAAGGAGAACAGUGCUGAUGUAGCACAGAAGGAAGUAGGUCUUUUUGAUGAUCCUUUAAUAACAGAAAGUGAUCGAUUGGAGGUAGAAAAUAGCAAAAAACCUUUAUUGAAAGGAAAACUGGAAGAACCUAGGAAGUGUAUUGGAGUCCUGCUCAUCCCUGAAAUUUCAUCGGACCAACCACAGGAGCUGUUCCCUGGCAAGGAUUUGCUGAACAAAGACUGGAAAGAGAAGUCUGAAGAGGAUCUCACUGAUGAGAGACUGGCAUCGUGUGAUGCAAGUGCAAGAGAUGGGAGUGAUCAGUUCAGGAUGCUAGAGAACAUGGCCAGCCAUGAGCAGAAGCCUUCAGAGAUGCCCAAAGCAAUGGACACAACUGCCGAUGACUGUACCAGUGUACUGCAGGAUGUCUUAAAGAAGAAGAGACGUGCUCCUCAACCACUGUCAUUACUGCAGAGUGAGUCCACAAAGGUUAAAGACCAUGAAAUAACCUUAGCAGGCACAGGGAACCUGGUACGCAAAGGCAUGCAAGAAGACAAGCAUGAUUUUGGAGCUAGCUCAAAAUUUUCAUUGGCAAAGCAGACUGUUGGCACUUUUUUAUCUUUCUCUUCUCCUACAUCCUUUUUGCUUACUUCACCUGAGCCUGUAAAGACAGACAUCGACAAGGAAGAGCAUGUCCCUUGGCCUCUGUCCAUCACCUCCUCUGAUGGGAGGACCUUACUCCAUGCAAAUGUUCCAUCAUCAAUGGAGACACAGCAAAUCACAGAAAAUAGAGAUGAUGACAUCACACUUGUCUCAAAGCCAUGCAGACCACACCCUGUGAAGCCCUUGAAUGCCUCAGAGAACCAGUCACUGGCAAGGCGUGUUGCUUUGAAGCCUUUGGAAGUCCUAGCUGGAAUACCAGGAAAAACAAAGGAGAUGGAGACUCGGGGCAAUGGUCCCUACUCCCAGCUCACACAGCCAGAGCUGAUCUCCAUGGUGGUGAAGCAAGAGGCCCAGAUUGCUGAAAAGAACAAGAAGAUCCAGGACCUAGAGGACUAUAUUGACAACCUGCUUGUUCGCGUCAUGGAAGAGAAACCCAGCAUCCUCAUGGCUAUGAACUCUCCCAAAAAGUCCUGAAAGCUCCCAUGAAAGAUCUGAAACAAGGGAGCAACUGGGCUCACUUGAGUCACAUACAGGAUACUGAACAGCCAAAGUCCAAGGUGGUUCAUACCCUAUAUUGAAUAGGGUGUUCUUUGAAACCCUUAGUAUCUCAUGAGGAUUGACACAUCCUAUUGUUUUAGGAGACAAAAAUUGUCUAAAUCUUACUCAGGUGAUGAUACAGAUUGAUUGCAAUAGUCUGUUGGGUCACAAUUCUCACAUUAUUCAGGUGUUUUCCACUGCUUUUCCAAACACAAGCCACUUUAUUGAUGGUGUUUAACUUUUCAUUCUGAUCCUGCAGAAAGAGUUGAGUUACUGCUGCAUUAAAAAAA